AUCUUAGCAUUAUUGGACCCUUUUUUUGACGAAGCUGUGUUAAAUAUCAGAAUGCCCCGGACCUGCUCAUACGAAAUAUUCAACUUCCAUCAGAAAUUGGUUCUAAAAACUCGAAAUGGGAGAAAAGGAGACUGUAACGACGAAGGGGGUGGAUGAGGCCGAAGUUCAUGUGGCUGCCAAAACCCCCAUCAACGGCGAUGAUGAAUCUAGCCAUACUCUGUCGCCAGUAGCUGAGAAGCCCAAGCAGACAUGGCGGUCAUAUCUCUGGGAUACAUUCGAUAAAUCUCCGGAGGAGAGGCAUUUCCUAUUCAAACUUGACGCAGUCAUCUUAACCUUUGCUUCUCUGGGCUACUUCAUCAAGUACUUAGACCAGGUGAAUGUCAACAGUGCUUUCGUGUCCGGCAUGAAAGAAGAUCUGGGCCUUUACGGAAACCAGCUCAACUACAUGAUCGCAUGCUGGACGGUUGGCUAUGUUAUUGGUGAAGUGCCAAGUAAUAUGUUGCUCACUAAGAUCCGCCCCUCUAUCUGGAUUCCGGCUUGUGAAGUUGUCUGGUCGGUACUUACCAUUCUACUCUCAAAAUGCACCUCAGCAACGCAAAUCUACGUCUUGAGGUUUUUUAUUGGCCUUGCCGAGUCGGCAUUUUACCCAGGAUUGCAAUACGUUAUUGGAAAUCGAAAGGACGAGCUCGCAAAACGAAGCUGCAUCUUUCACGCUAGCGGUGCGAUAGGCAGCAUGUUUUCCGGCUACCUGAUGACAGCCGUCUACAACCUCAACGACGUCGACGGCUACAGGGGCUGGCAGUGGCUCUUCAUCAUCAACACCGUCAUCUCCCUGCCCAUCGCCAUCGCGGGCUUCUUCUUCUUCCCGGACGUCCCCGAGAUCACCCGCGCCUGGUGGCUGACCAAGGACGAGAUAGCGCUCGCCAAGAAGCGCAUGCAGCUGGAGGGCAGAGCCAACAGGGGCACCUACACGAAGGCCAAGUUCCGCAAGAUCUUCUCGUCCUGGCACAUCUACGCGCUCACGCUGCUCUACAUUUUCUUCAACAACGGCGGCGGCAACGGCGGCCAGCCGGCUUUCGCGCUCUGGCUGAAGCAGGAAGGGUACGGCGUCGCGGCCGUCAACUCCUACCCGACUCUCACUUCGGCGGUUGCGGUGAUCUUCACGUACAUAUAUGCGUGGACGUCUGAUUCCGUUUUCAAGGGUGCCCGGUGGCCGGCUAUGGUGUUCUCAGGGGUCGUCAAUAUCAUUACCAACACGAGCCUCGCGGUGUGGGAUAUCCCUGAUGGCUGGAAGUGGGCGUGCUACGUGCUAGGUUUGAUUGGAGGAGGGAUCAGCGGACUGACGUUCGCGUGGGCUCACGAGAUCUGCAGCGAUGAUAAUGAAGAACGCGCGCUGGUCAUAGGAGCCAUGAAUGAGAUGGCCUAUGUGGUGCAGGCGUGGCUCCCGUUGAUCAUCUGGCAGCAGGUCGAUGCACCGCAGUAUCCUAAGGGGUUCAUCACUAUGGUGUUCUUUGCCGCGGGUCUCAUUGUUACUGCUCUUACGAUACGCUUCCUACAUCAUCGCGAACUCGCGGCAAAAGCACGGACUGUGAGUGUAGAAUAGUCACCUAGAUAAUGCCGGAGGCGGUAGAUGAGUUGACAAUGGUUCUCCUAAGCACUGGGAUAUAGCGUUAGAUGUAGCAUUAGAAGACUGGCAAUGAACUUGGCUUAAGCAAGUCUCUCCUUAUACCAAU